AUGAAGUUCUCGCUCAUCGCUACCCUCUUCGUCGCUGCCGUCUCUUUCGCAGCCCCUAUUGACAACACCGACUCCAAGGCUCUCACUCGCUCUGUCAUUGACGGUACCGACGUUGGCGCCUCCAUCGUUGUCCGCGACUCCCUCGAGCCUCGCAAGCUGAACCGCGGCACGCCUGCCCUCUCGGCUGCUCUCAACGACAUCUACGCUCCUCCCUACUCCGAGGAGCAGUAUAGCCUGGAGGGUUUCGUGCAGUACACGCACGGCCGUCUGCGCGACAAGUUCCCGGGUGCCAACAUCUUCAUCUUCCACCGCUUCAAGCCCGACUCGCGCUUCGAGUGGGGCGUCUCGGACCCCAACGCCGAGGAGGCCGAGGUGCAGAAGGUCGUCGGCUUCGCGACCGAGUACUACCAGGUCGUUGUGUUCCGCUCCGCCGGCGUGCUCCGCAAGAGCGGCGAUGGCGGGUUCAUCAACUGGAUCUUCUCGGGCAAGUUCACCCGCGAGGGCGACAAUGUCAACUUCCAGGCGCCCUAG